UAUGCCGUUCAAAACAUAGGUUGUGAAAUCAAGCAUUUGCUUUCGAAAAAUAAAGUCUUUAAAUUGCAUUUGACAGAAAAAAAAAUGAAAAAUUGGAAUUUUUGUAGAAUGUGAAAAUAAUUAAUCAUAAUGGACACAACUAACUCAAAAUUUACUUUUAAAACUAGUUAUUCCAACUUUACUCCAACAUGCUGUGCCGAACAUAAUAUCCGACGUAAAAAGAGAAAGCAUAUAGAAACUUCAGGAUGGAAAUUUCAAGCUGAUCCAAAAAUAAUUCGGAAAAGGAAUUUUGAUCCAUGGAGCCGCAGUAUGCCGUCAACCCAAGAAAAACAAAAAAGAAUAACAGAAAUUGACGAAUUGCUGGAAGAAACAAAGAAAACCCUCUUGGAGAACCUAGAAAAUGUGAAAUCAAAGCUUGAAAGAUCUUCGAAUCUAUUGCCACAAGAAUGCGAAACGACAUCCAAGAAGUCGAGAGAGACUUCAGAAUAUAGAUCUUUGAGAAAACUGAGAAGAAAGAAAGAAGAACCCAGCCCUUAUAUGAUGCUUUUAAACAGAUUAGAUGAAGAAGAGGGUGUAAGAGAUCCAUCCGCCGAAGACAAGCUUAAAUUGGCCGAAGACAGUCUGAGGAUCUCCACUGCAAAGUUUUGUAAAGCAUGUAAUGGGUUAGCCAAAACUGGAAAGUAUAUUACACCUGAAACUGUUAAUCAGCUUUUCCACCCACAAGUCUUUGAGAGCAGUCUUUGCCCACCAAUCACUCUAUCUGUUUCUGAAGUUACUAAACCAUCUCUCAUUACAAGCAUAAAACCUAAUACCUUAGAAAAGGAUGACACCAAGCAAGAAAAAUUAAAAGAACGUUUAAAACAAGGUUACUACUUACCAGUACAUGCAUGGUUUCCUUCAAAAAAACAAACUGUAGUGAUGAGUUCCGAGGAGAUUGAAUUGCUGAAUUCAACAUCCACUAAAGCUUUUCUUAAGUUUUUAGAGAAACGAAAGAAAAAGCCACCAAAAGUAUUAACAGAACUGCUUGAAAAACUUAAAAAAAUGCAAGAAAUCACAAAGUAAUAGAAGAAUUUGCAUCACCUGCAUGGAAAUGGCCUGAAUACAGAUAGAAUUAAAUGUAACAUGACAAUAUUUCUGUCACAUAAAUAUAUGUACAAUAAAACAUAUACUUAGAAGCUUA